AUGAAGGAACAAUUUAGUUCGUCUCAGACCGCAAAGUAUGUGGAGGACGAGAGCGGCCAAAAUGCGCCAUCUGACUCGCAACCUCAUAUGCACGAUGAAGGUGGAGAUACAGAAACUCAUGAUGAGUCAGUGGAAGACAAUCAUUCAUUGCAAGCUGAACCGGGCAAGCAUCCAAUACCCAUGCAAAAGAGACGAAGAGUGACACGGGCUUGCGACGAAUGCCGUCGGAAAAAGAUCAAAUGCGACGGGAAGCAGCCGUGCACACACUGUACAGUGUAUAGCUACGACUGUACCUACGAUCAGCCCUCGAAUCGUCGUCGAAAUCCCACCCCACAGUACAUAGAGGCAUUAGAAUCGCGACUGCAAAAGGCCGAAGAGAUUCUUCGAAUUCUAGCUCCAGAUCUCAAUCUCAACGAUCCUCGCUUGCUUGUUGCGAAUCCGGAGCAGAUAGUAUCAGCGCUCCGACGUGACGACUCACGGGAGGCAACGGUCGCGAAACCGCAGGCGGACGAACAGCCAAAACAGGAACCAGAAUCAUCGUGUCCAGACGGGUCUCUUCUUGAGACGAUGAUGGAAAACUCUGGUUCUUUAGAUCUUGAUGAUCAAGGCCACUGGGACUAUCACGGUCAUUCAUCCGGUAUAAUUUUCAUGCAACGUCUUCGAAAACAGAUUGGAAACGUCAUACCUAUGCCUAUUCGACCAUUGCAGAAUAAGUCCACACCUCUAUUCCAGAUGCUCGAGAGCCCCAAGUCACAGUCGGAGUCUCCGCAGGAACCCAGUAAUCCUAAUUCGCCCCCUACGCAAGACCUUCCUUCAAAGGAUAUCGCAAGAAGACUUUGUCGAAGCGCGCUGGACCACGCCUGCAUUCUUAUGCGCCUCGUCCACCAGCCAACUUUCUGGGCAACUUUCGACCGUAUGUAUGCUACCCCUUUGGAUCAAUACACGAAUGAAGAGCAUACUUUCUUGCCCCUUUUGUACGUUGUUAUGGGUACUGGUUGCCUUUUUUCCGACAAUGUUGAAAGCACUUUGGAUAAGUCGGGGUACGAAGGUGCUAUUGGCCAAGGUUUCCAAUAUUUCAAAGCGGGCCGCCAGCUGCUUGACAUCACAGAUUGCCGGGAUCUAACCACUCUACAGGCGAUCUGCUUCAUGAUCCUAUUUUUGCAGUCAUCUGCGAAGUUGAGCACCUGCUACUCUUAUGUCGGAAUCGCGCUGCGCGCUUCUUUACGCCUAGGUCUUCAUCGAACAGUCAAUGCCAACUUUGACCCCGUAGAAACCGAGCUUCGAAAACGUAUCUUCUGGCUUGUCCGAAAGAUGGAUAUCUAUGUCAGCACCCUUUUGGGAUUGCCACAGAUGGUGAGCAAUGAGGAUAUUGACCAGGAGUACCCACUGGAUUUAGAUGAUGAAUUCAUCACGCCUACUGGAAUUCUUGUCAUGCCUGCCGAUCGAACGUCUUUCAUGGCAGGGGCAAAUGCGCAUACUCGCUUAGCCGAUAUCAUGGUCAAAGUGGUCAAAUAUAUUUACCCUGUGAAACUGACCAAAUCACAAUCGAAAUCGGAUCACACUUAUAUGGUCAGCCAUUCCAAGAUCCGAGAGAUUGAAAGAGACCUGCAAGCCUGGAUGGAAGAUUUGCCUCCAGCUCUGCGACCAGGUAGCGAAGUCAGUCCUGAGUUAGAACGCAUGCGACAAUUGCUCCGGAUCAGUUAUGCUCACGUACAAAUGGUGAUGUACCGACCUUUCCUACACUAUGUAUCCAACAGCUUCCAAGCUCAGGGUAUCGACAAGAGAUCUUACGCAUGCGCUGCUGCAUGCGUUAGUGUAUCACGGAAUGUCGUGCAUAUUACGACAGGCAUGUAUCAAAAGGGUCUACUCAACGGCUCUUAUUGGUUCGUGAUGUAUACGACAUAUUUCGCCAUCCUCUCGUUGGUGUUUUUUGUGUUAGAGAAUCCGGACCUGUCCACUGCAAAGGACGGCAUUUUGAAGGACGCUUUAGAAGGAAAGACCACUUUAGCAGCACUGGCCAAAAAGAGCAUGGCUGCCGAUAGAUGCGCCCAAAGUUUGACUGGCCUUUUCAAGCAGCUUCCUGAAAAGUUGAAGAACCGGCAAAGCUCAGCAGCAAGCAAUGUGAACCUGAAGAGAUCGUCACCCUCAGAUACCGCAGCUAAAUCGAGGAUUCAGCGCCCUGCAUCCAUGUCUUUACCUUUUGAUACACCACAGCGAUCUAAUUCGUUUCCCACAAAACUAGCCGCUUUGCAUUCAAGACAAUCACAAGAGCCCAAAAAUGCUGUUGACGAUACUCGCUUGCCUCGGCGACCGCAAGCGUGGCUCUGGGAUGGUCACUCUGAGUCAGCUGACUCGACCGCAUCACCUUCAUCUGCCUCUGCAUUUUCUCAUGAUCAAACUGCUAGCCCUGUGGCCAAUCAAUAUUUAAACCAGCCACCCACGCAGCAACCGUUCACAUCAUCGCAACAACUUGGUGCUAGUCAGAUUCUACCGGACCUUAUGCCCAUCAUGUUCCCGUCUGGCGAUCAGUUCGCUUACCCUGCACAGCCUUUGUCCACUCUUGAGGACGAUCAUUUCAAGGAUGAUCUUCCAAACUCACCCAUGCAGCAGUAUACACAGGACUCAUUUACGUCACAAGGGUCAAAUUCACUCAAUGGAAACUUUUCUCGACCGAUGUCAAGUGGAUUUGACGGAUUAACUGGUCUACAAGGUCUUUCUGGACCAUUUCCUCCAGCAUCUGCUGCAACCCUAGCUCCUCAGCUUCAACAUCUUGGCCUUCAACAUACACCCUCUACACUUUCGUCAACACCCGAUAAUAUUCAAAGCCCCGACUUGGUAUCAUUACCGCAUAAUUACAUGUGGCAAAGUUUCAGCCUUUCGAAUGCUGGUAUGCCGAAUGAACAAAAUCUGAAGGAACAAUCGGUUCCUGGAGGAAAGGUGACGAUGACUGAUAACGGAGGACUCGACGGGAUGUCCUCAUUAGGGAUGGGAUUUGACAUGGAUGUCAAUUUUGGUGAAAUUCUUGGUAAUAUUGGGACGAAUCAUGCAACUGCUACGAAUAUGAAUGACGAAUGGAGCCAAUGGAUGAAUACUGGCGUCUGA